UUGAUCUGAUAUUGCGAGAAACUUAGAAUCAGAUUGACUUCGAUAGCAACAUCUGUGACUACAUCAAUUAAACGUUUAAAUAGAUCAACGUUUAGUACAGUGGUUUGGUGACUUAACAAAAAAGAAAGCGGUAGGCUGCCGAAAAUAAUUACUGCAAAAAGUCGAAGCCGCCCUAUGCUGAGGUGAUUACAUGGCGGGUCAAGACCAAGUUGGUGCUCCAAUUAAUGCACAGUAUCUUCGUCCACACGGACAAAUGUUACAGGGAGAUGGGGACAGAAAUUUCACAAACACCAAGGAACAGUUGGUGACGUCAAGCAGUUAGAACCACCCGUCACUGCACAUAGAACCAAUGGAACCCUGGAACCGGAAGUUAAAGCAGAACUUGUGUGUUCAUCCAAUGGGAGCUUGCAACAAGUGGAACCAAAUGUUUCCCGGUCCGUUAUUUGGGAGAGACAGCAGAUGUCUCGAAAACAGCUGCUACGGGACAGGUGUGUUGCCUUCAAAGCCAAAGCCGAUACUUUUGAUCCACCGCUUAGGUACGAGGCGAAUAGCUGGAGGCGUUUCCCGAGAGAGUUCAUAGUCAUCGAACCACUGAAGGUGGUGUAUUGCACAAUCCCCAAAGUUAGUAGUACUACCAUCCUUCGGAUGCUUUUAAAUGUAACUGGACAUUUAAAUCCUAACAAACACAAUGUUCAACCUCACCAACUUGGGUUAAGAAAAUUUACUUCUCUGGAUUAUUACGACUUAGGAGAAGCUCAACAGAUUUUGGCAACUUACAAAAAAUUCCUGUUCGUCCGAAACCCAUUAGAAAGAUUAUUGUCAGCAUACAGGAAUAAAAUCGAGACGAAUGUGGAUCCCGCCUUUAAAACGCUACGUAAUUUUAUUGGAUCUGUUAAUGGCCAUACAAAAUUGGUCCCGAAAAUCGCGAAAACCAAACUCAGGCUGAGGACCAGUGGUACAGUGGUCCAGAAAAGCCAUGUCACUUUGUCGCAGUUUGCAAGCUUUGUCUUGGCAGAAAAGAAAUCAACUCUUAAGCGAGCUCGCCUCAGUUUGUAUAAGCAUUGGUGUCCGAUGUACGAAAUAUGUCAACCAUGUCUAGUCGACUAUGACUGGAUUGGACACUUCGAUAGUUUGCAGACGGACAUCCGUUCAAUCUUAAUGGCUCUCGUAGGGGAAAAUCGUACCUUUUACGUCCCUAGACACGAUCCAAAACAUGUCACAAACAGCGCUGACGAAAACACGCAACGUCAGUUAUUCGCGACGCUCAGUUCUUCAAACAUAAAAGCACUCAUUAAGUACUAUGAAAUUGAUUCUGAUCUAUUCGGGUUCGAUAUACCAAAGAUUAUUGGGAAGUUCAUUAACAAUUGAUAUUAAUACCUCGUAAUCCUGACUGCUGCCGAAAACGUUAACUGUAUGAAUUUUCAGAUUGUUUGCCCAGAAACGUGCGUUUGUUUUUAUGCCUUUUUUGGUCGACAGUUUCAUGAGUUUGGUGUUGAAUUUCAAGCAUGGUUGCUACCAACUGCCUUAGUACAUUGACAAUGUGUAAAUAUACACGACAUUGUUACGGUUUUCUUGUUUUGUUAUAUUUAUUUGUAAAUGUAGAGAACUUAUUUUGUACCUUGUUAUUCAUGAUUGCUUUAUAACAUAAUU